AUGGGUUUCCUCGCGGUGGAGGCGCUCUGCGACUGCAAUGGAACUUCCGGCGCUCCGCCCCAACCCGUGGGCUGUUACAUCUCCGCUCGAGACAUCUUGCCAUCCUGCAAACCGAUCCUGAAGGCCACGGCGAGAGGAAGAUGCGGCAUUCGUCGCAUGAUAAUUUCUACGUUUCUGCUUCUUGUCAUCCUGAUCGCGCUCUACUGCCUGUCCAUCUCCUGCGAGCGAGUACGAACGUUCGGCAGAUCGUUGAGGAAUCAGAUUCAAUCGCCAGCUCGGAACCGACCUCAAAUCUCACCGCCUCCGGCCGCGGAGGAGCUCAGAGAGGAUGCAGAAGAGCCACCGCCAGUCAACGCACAGACGUAGAUCUGUGUAAAUAGAGUCGUGAGUGCUCUUCGUUGAAUUCAAUUGCACUGGUUUUUCACGGUCAACAAUGUAUAUUUCUUAACCCUGCUACGGUUCUCAGCUUUUUUCUUAUACCUCGACUGCUGCCUCAAUUUGAGACUGAAGGACGAUUUUUCAGUUUUUUAGAAUUUUAAGACGGAAGGAAAGAUCGAUAAAAUUCUCUGACGGAUUCUAA